CAACCACGUUGCAAAUUCAACCGGGACCUGCCUGGAACUCCUCCUCCCCUGGCAGGGGAAGACGCGGGAGAAAGGGAAGAGGAGGAGGCAGAAGCAGCGGCCGUGCCUCGAAGCCCCACAGGCCGGGGUGGGAGGGCGGCAGCGGGACGAGGAAGCCGCGGAGGGCGGGCGUUGAAGAGCAGCCGCGCCAUGGCCCGCCUGAGAGGAGCGUGACUUGCCAGCACAGCCGGCCAGAAACGCCACGAGGAAACUUCGCGUCGGGACAGCGAACUGCCCCGAAGGGAGAGAAAGCGGGCAGCUCCCGCGCCGGAGCAUUUUCAUUCAAGUAACACCAGAGAGAUUUGAAGAAGUGUGUGCGGUCAUAUUGAGGCUUGAUCGUCAAAGCACAAAAACGUUGGAUCUUAUAAAUUUGGAGUUAAUUUUGCAUUUAAAGUUGGCCUGAGUACCAUGAAGAAGAUGCACCGUGUUCCUUAAAAGUAAUUAUAUGGUCUCUCCUCCCCUCUCAAUCACUUAAAAGAAUUGGUAAGAGGGCUUUUAAAAAAAGUUUUAAAUGAUUGCUGAGAGGAAAUCUAAGUUUAAAGAAUCCAGUAUUUAAAAUCUCAGUGCCUUUUUUUUCUCCUGGAUUGUUUUUUGUUUGGUAGUACAAGUGAUUUUUUUUUUAAAAAAAUGGAUAAAUACGAUGAUCUGGGUUUGGAGGCGAGUAAAUUUAUAGAAGAUCUCAAUAUGUACGAGGCCUCCAAGGAUGGCCUCUUUCGGGUAGACAGAGCAGUUGGGAACAACCCAGAAUUUGAAGAAACCAGAAGAGUUUUUGCUACAAAAAUGGCCAAAAUCCACCUUCAGAAACAGCGAGAACAAGAGGAACUGCUGAAAACAGCCUCAGGGGCUCCAAACGGCGGUGCUGGUUUUGGUACUCAGCAUCAGUUUUCAAGCCAUCCUGUACCUAGAGCUGCCACAGGAACAAACAAACUGCAUUUGGGAGAAAAUAUUGCUAAGCCUCCUUUGGGCGUGUCUUCAAUUGUAUGUGCAGGACACCAGUUAGCCUUUCCAAAUCAGCCCCAACCUUAUUCUGAUGGAGAGCGGGCAAAGUUAUACCAAGAUGGCAAGAGAGUCAGUGGUGACCAUGGAUGCAGUGAGAGCCUGGGAGGCUUGGAAGUUUCUGGAGGACGUGGUUAUCACAGAGUAGGUCAGGCAAGUCCAUAUAGUACAAAAGCAUCUUCCCUUGCUCAUGAAGAUCCCAGUAACAGUGAUAACAGGACAGCUAUGCAAGGCUGGGGAAAAGAUACUGAUAAGUUUUCCAGCCUGAAAUCUAACACGAGCUCCCAUUUAUGGUCAAACAUGAAUCAUAGUGAUUCGCUGCAGAGAAGUCCUACGAAACUUCAAGCAGAUCUCCAUCCGUACCAGCAGUCACGAAGUUCUUGCAGGUCUUCUGAAAGUGGGUAUGGAAGUCAGGAAAGUGGAGGUGAGGGCCCUGGGCUAAGUCAAAGCUAUGACCAAACCCCAGCUUGUCCAAGAACAUCAUCAUUUUCACAUGCGUGUACCCCUUUGUCUUCUUCUGUUGGGUUUGGUGAUGAAUUGUCUGUGGGACUUCCAAAACAGAGAUCUUCCUCGUUCUCUGCACACUCUACUCAGGCGUCUUUGAAUCAAUCUGAUCACUUUCAUCCAAGCUGUGAACUUGAAAUGCUGGCUUCUGGCAACCCAAGUAAAAGCGUUGGUGAUGACCAGUUGAGGCAUGGUGAGAAUUCUCCUUCCUCAGUUUCUAGUUUACUUCCCACUCCCUUACCUCCAAGUGUAGGCUAUCAGCAAGCUAAUACUCACCCAAAGCCUACAGGCCAUUUUGUAGUUCAUGGUCAAAAUCACAGGGUUAAUUGUGCUGGAUCUGGGACGACUCCUGAGCAGAAUUCCAUCAAUGUAACAUCUCAUGGACCAAUGAUUUCCAAUGUUCCAAAGUCUCCUUUUAUAGAGGGCAUUGCCACUCUGCAGCACGACUGUGGUCAUCAAGAAACCUGCACUUCUUCAAAAAUAAAAUUGCCCUGUCAGACACUCCUUCCACAGCAAGAACAAGGGCCAUCCACAGCUGAGUUAAAAUUAGAGGCUCUUACUCAGCGCCUGGAGCAGGAGAUGGAUGCAUGCCCUAAGGCUGACUACUUUGGAACCUGCGUGAAGUGCAACAAAGGUGUUUAUGGUGCAAACCAGGCUUGCCAGGCUAUGGGGAAUCUCUACCAUGAUGGAUGCUUUACUUGUGGUGCAUGUAGUCGAAAGUUGAGAGGGAAAGCCUUUUAUUUUGUUAAUGGGAAGGUGUUCUGCGAAGAAGACUUCCUGUAUUCUGGGUUCCAGCAGUCAGCUGAUAGAUGUUUUGUUUGUGGACAUUUGAUAAUGGACAUGAUUCUACAGGCUCUGGGGAAGUCGUAUCAUCCUGGUUGCUUCCGUUGUGUGAUCUGCAAUGAAUGUCUGGAUGGAGUGCCAUUUACAGUAGACAAUGAGAACAAAAUCUACUGUGUUCGAGAUUACCACAAAGUUUUGGCUCCCAAAUGUGCAGCAUGUGGCCUUCCUAUUCUGCCCAGUGAGGGAUCUGAUGAAACUAUUCGUGUUGUGUCAAUGGACAAGGAUUACCAUGUGGAGUGCUACCGCUGUGAGGACUGUGGAAUGGAACUCAAUGAUGAAGAUGGACAUCGCUGUUAUCCCCUGGGUGACCAUUUGCUCUGCCACUCCUGUCACCUUGUGCAUAUAGAGAAAGGCACAACUCCUGCAGCUGCAUACCGGCAUCAUUACUAGUCAGCGCUGCUAAAGACCCACCCCAGAAGCCUGGCAAAGAAACUGUUGCUGUUGCUGUUCUUUGAGGUGCUCAUUUCCCCCAGUUGGCAAUUUGCAGUUAAGAAGAUUAAAGCAGCUUCACCUUAAGUCCCAUGCUUUAUGUGCUAGGGAAAUUCUACACACAGGAUGUUUCUGACAAAAUUGAAGCUGCAUGUAUGGGUUCUUGUGUGGCCGUUUUUUGAGAGUGGGUGGGGAUAGUAUCGAUUCUUCCAGUAUGGGAAGACUAUGUAGUAAGUAGAAUCAAAACAAAUUGCCUAGCAAUGCCUAUCCUCCCCUUAAUGCCAAGUGUAUGUAGUGACACCCAGAUCAGCAGGUCUAUUGAUUUGGGAAAGGUGCAUCUAAUUGCUCUGUUUUUGUAUCCCUAAGCCAGUUAUGGAAACACACACAGUUUCCCUGCCCCAGACAGUCCAUGUAAUGAGUACAUACUCACCUUUUUGCUUGACAAAUUCCAUUCUUGGAAAUGUACCAUUAAUGUGCUGUAUUGAGUGUGGUUUCUUAUUAAGAAUGUGGUAGCUCAGUUCCCAAAACUUGGGAGUACAGAAUAAAGCUAACUGCACUCCUUUCCCCCCCACAUUUUAAAGAGGUAUUUCUUGUCUUCCCCAUGGUAGCUACUAAGCUCUAAAAAAGGCACAAACACUGAAAAUAUUUAUGUCUUGGUGAGAGAUUGGUGUGCUGUUCUCACUGUUUUAGAAAUCUAGUCCUUUAAGUUGGCCCUGGUACUCCAGCAUCUGCUUUGCUGUGAAAUAGCUGGUAGUUGGAUUGAGGGGCAAGGAGAAAGACUGAAUAUGUAGCUUUCUGUUUCUCGUAAUCUUAAUUAUUUGGAGCACUGAGAAUAACUUAAGCUUAUAGAGUAGACUUGACAUAUUUGGGGUCUGUUCGCCCUGUUUGGACUGACACCUAAUGGAGAGUAAUUUCAAGAAUAGUUUCUUCCAUAUUGCCCCUCUAGCAAGAAGAAAAUGGCUAUUUUCCUCUUUUUAAACUCCUAUACCUUAAACCAUGCCUUAAAGUUAAGUGUGUUUAAUAAAUAUGAUGUGGAUUAUUGAA